AUGACCAUUCAAGACAACAUAGAUUUUCCCAUGCUUGCUGCUGCCGCGCUCGCUCUGUACGCUCUAUAUAGGGUGUUUCAAAGCUUUGUGCACCUCAGUCAUGUCCCGGGACCACUUAUCGCCAAAUUCACCAACCUCCAGCGAGUUUGGUGGGUGAAAACCGGGCGGGCUCAUGAAUAUCAUCGCCAAAUGCACGAACGGUUUGGUAAGCUUGUCAGAUUUGGCCCCAACAUGGUGUCCAUUUCCGAUCCUAGCGCCAUGUCCAUCAUCUACCCCAACCGACAAGGGUAUCAAAAGAGUGACUUUUACCGAACCCAGAGGCCAUAUUCGCGCAAAAGCGGUGUUCUUCCCGCGGUAUUCAACACACAGGAUGAGACCCUCCAUCAGCAGCUCCGAAAGCCAAUCGCCUCGCUUUAUUCCAUGACCAGCAUCGUGGGUUCGGAGCCAUUGAUUGACCAGACAUUGGAGAUUCUUUUCCGACAGCUUGACCAGAGAUUCGGUGCGACGGGUCGAUCGCUCGAUAUUGCGGAAUGGUUGCAAUUCUUUGCCUUUGAUGUGAUGGGGAUGUUGUCGUUCAGCGAGCGACACGGAUUUCUAGAACAAGGCAGGGAUGUCCGCGGGAUAUUGGGAGGCACCUGGUCCUUCAUGAAGACUGUUGCUCCGAUGGGACAAAUACCCUGGUUUGACAUGGUUUGGAAUAAGAACCCUGUCGUUGCGCUCUUUAAACAAACUACAGGACUCGCUGUGCUCGGGGUGGUGAGUCGAUUAGUUGCUGAACGCCAAAUGCCUUCACAGCCCGGACGGGAGAAAAGGGACAUGCUUUCCAAAUUUCUGGAAAUCCAGGCCAAAGACCCGAAGGUCCCUACAUGGGCCCCCAAGGCCUGGACAUUCUCCAAUAUACUUGCCGGAUCAGAUUCGACUGCGACCGCCAUGACUACCGUAACGUACCAUCUUCUUCAGUGUCGAACUUCCAUGGAUAAUUUAGUCCAGGAGCUAUCCAACGCACAUCAGAAGGGGUGCCUUUCACUGCCAUACCCAUCCUGGCACGAGGUGCGAGAGCUUCCUUAUCUUGAUGCAUGCAUUAUGGAGGCCCUGAGGCUUCAUCCUCCAUUCUGUUUGCCCUUUGAGCGCGUUGUUCCCGAGGGCGACGUGAUGAUUUUGGGAACUUAUCUUGCAGCAGGUACUGUGGUUGGCAUGAACCCAUACAUUGUAAACCGAGAUAAAGACACCUACGGUGACGACGCAGACGAAUGGAAGCCGGAAAGGUGGCUGAACCUUGGCGAGAAAGACCGUCGAAGACUUGAAAAUGGCAUUCUCACGUUCGGAGCUGGUCGACGUACAUGCCUCGGUAGAAACCUCGCCAUCUUUGAGAUGAAGAAACUGUUCCCGGCUCUUCUCAUGCGGUAUGAGAUGACCGCUGUCGAGCCGCUCCAGCUCAAGGUGGAGAAUUCGUGGUUAUUCAAGCAAUGGGACUUGCACGUUCAAAUACGUUUGAAUGAAGCGGUGCAGCCCCCUCGACUGGUCGUCCCUUCAUCAUCAUCCACAGCCAUCGUGAGGGUAAUUGAUCCAGGCACAACCGUUGAUCUUAAGCCAGGUCUCUUCUGGCAACCCGCACUCGAUGGACUUGACAAAGUGACAGUACCAACGUACUGCUUUUUGAUCUCAAGCGGCGAGCGCCAUAUCAUGUUCGACCUAGGUGUCCGGCCGGACUGGCAAAACCUGGCACCCGCAGCUGCCGAGCUCAUCAGAACCACCACCACAGUCUGCAACCCCAGGAACAUAGCGGAGAUCCUUGACACCACCCCGAUCCCAGAUUCGGAUAUCCGGUCCACGAAAGUCGAAGCCAUUGUCUGGUCCCACGACCAUUUCGACCACAUCGGAGAUCCCUCCACCUUUCCACCAUCCACCGACUUAGUCGUGGGCCCGGGCCUGCGAGACGCCUGGCCAGGGUACCCAUCCAAUCCCACCGGCCGAGUCCUUGACUCAGAUAUUCAAGGUCGUCGACUCUGCGAGAUCUCCUUCGACAAAACCCCAUUAAAAGUUGGCUCCUUUGACGCGUUCGACUAUUUUGGCGACGGCUCCUUCUACCUCCUAAGCGCCCCCGGUCAUUCUAUCGGACACAUGUGCGGACUAGCCAGGACCAGCGCUCGCCUCCCGGAUUAA